AUGUCUCCCGUACACCAGGGGCCUCCCAACGAGCAUUGGAUUCUACUCGAUACCACUAAAGAAUAUCCCCUUACACCGUGUCUGCUGAUUGGCUCGUUAUCACGAGACAUUCCUGGCCGCAAGCGUUUGGAGCAUCGUUCUACCCACUUUGCAGAAGUCGCCCCAAAGUUCACCGCCAACGGUAGUAAGAUCGUCAUGGGUGGUGGGAUCUUCGACUCCAAUGAGGCCCUUGUGGCCGACGGCUCCGUUCCAUUGCCUCCAUUUGCUGAUUCAGCGUUGAUCGUGAGAGUUGACACCAGGUCAUUGAGUUGUUGA